CCAAAAACAACAAAAAAACAUACAACUCUCUUGAGAAAAACGACAUAAGCAAACCCCAAAAUCUCUCUCAUCCUCAACAGAAAUGAGGAAACCAGACCAUCAUUCUACGGCCGGUAAGAAGAUGAAGAAGGGACUUUGGUCACCAGAGGAAGAUGGGAAGCUGAUGCAGUACAUGCUGACAAACGGACAGGGGUGCUGGAGUGACGUGGCCAAAAACGCCGGCCUCCAGAGAUGCGGGAAGAGCUGCCGCCUCCGCUGGAUCAAUUAUCUCCGCCCCGACCUCAAACGCGGCGCCUUCUCUCCCGACGAAGAACAUCUCAUCAUUCGCUUGCACUCUAUACUAGGCAACAGGUGGUCUCAAAUUGCAGCUCGGUUGCCGGGUCGGACCGACAAUGAAAUCAAGAACUUUUGGAAUUCAACAAUCAAGAAAAGGAUAAAGAGCAUGUCGUCAACGUGCAAUGCUAUGAACUCGUCCCUAUCACCAAACACGAGCGAGACUUUGUCUUCGUCUUCCUCUUCCUCGUCUUUGGAGCUCAAAGACAUCAUCGGAAGCUUCAUGUCCUUGAAAGAGCAAGGGUUGAACAACCCGGCGGCAUCUCCUAUGUCUUUGAACCACGACCUAGCCAACCCAUUUCCCAUGCUCCAUCGCCAUGGCUUCAGCCAGUUGGCUAAUGACGGUUUUGGCCCUCGUGGUGAUGGUUUCUGUGGAGUUGACACGAGGGCACAAGGGGAAUUUGACUUUCCUACUUUGGAGAAUGUUGGUUUUGAAGAAACUAAUUGGUAUAAAGCAGAUAUUGCAAGUGACAUUGGCUUUAUUGACAACUUCUUAUGCAACAACAUUAACAAAUUAGAAGAGACAAACGGAGGAGGGAACCUUUGGAAUGGUGUGGAGGGUAUGAGAAUGGAAGAAUGUUAUUGGGAUCUUGAGGAGUUGAUGAGCAAUACGGAGGUCCCUUCCUUUUCCUUCAACUUCAAACCAAACGAAUGUUAGACUUUUUUUUUUCCUUUUUUA